AAGGGACACAUCGACCGUAUGAAGCGAACAGUGAUAAAUUAAGGGAUGAAUGGAGCACGCGCUGGAUCUAUAAAGCAGCGUUUCAGUCCGACCCUGAAUGCAACACUGGGAGGAGACGAAGAGGAGGAAGGGGACGGACGGGGAGGAGGGGUUCAUGGACCAGAUGAUGCUGACACCGAGGGGAGGAGGAGGAGGAGCGCACCCAGCUUCUCUUCAUCCCAUGUGUUCGGAAGAAAGGGCUCUCUGACGGCCUCGUCCGCAGACAUGUGCCGCUAGGACGCUUCUGUUUCCGUCACUCGCUUUGCCGAACGUGGGUACGUUCUCCCGUUUUCCUCAACAUGCUUCCCUGCUCUUCAUCCGCGCCGACGGAGGGAUGCGAGGAGAGGGGCGCGCACAUGCAAACAGAGUGCAACAGGCUGACGGAGGAGAGAGACGAGGCCGAGAGACAGCUGAAGCACAUCAAGAGAGUGUCUCAGAUGGUGAUUGAGGAGGUGAGCGUUCUGCAGACGCAGCUGGAGAUCGAGAAGUCAUGUCGGGAGAAUGCAGAGGCCCUGGCAACUAAGCUCAACUGUGAGAACAGGAAGCUGAAGUACCUGAGCGUGUCGUCGCGGCCGUGUCUGGACGAGCUGCUUCCCAGCAUCUCCGACUGCAUCGCGCUGGAGGCCGACGCGGAGACGGAUGCUGCCGACGGCGGCGCCGACGCCUUCGCUCAGUAUCAGCAGCAGGUUAAAGAGCUGAGGGAGACGGUGAGCGGCCUGUUGGAGGACAAGAAGAACCUGAUGUGUCAGAUUCACGAGCAGCAGAGGCGCGUGGAGGAGCUGACGGUGCAGUCGCACAAAGAUCAGGCUGAGAUCAAGGAGCUUCGAGAAACCGUUGAACAGCAAAACAAGAGCAUCAAGAGGUUUAACAGAGUCUCCAUGAUGGCGGCGCAGGAGUACGAGGGGAUGAAGGAGCAGCUGGACCUGGAGCAGAACCUGAGGGUCACAGCUGAGACCUACGCUCACGAAAUGCUGGUGAAGCAGAAGGAGGCCAACAGGCAGAGCAUGCUGCUGAUGCAGAACACCGAGCCCAGCGUUCAGCUGCUCAAAGCUCUGGAGGACGUCGCUGCCGUCACCAAAACCCUGGAGGAGGAGCGUCUGCAGCAUCAGCAGCAGGUGCAGUGCCUCCAGGUCCAGCUGGAGCAGAGCUGUGUGAAGAAGCAGCUGGAGACUCUGCAGAGGCAGCUGGAUCUGCUGGAGGAGGAGAAGAAGGAGGUGGAGGGACAGCUGGAGCAGGCGGAGAAGAAGAACAAGGAGCUGGAGGACAGAGUGCACGAGCUCCAGGAGAACAACGUCCCUGUGAAGAGCAGCACGUCUCCUCCGCCUCCAGAACCGGGGGUGGCACCGCCUCCUGCCCCUCCUCCACAGCCGCCUCCACCCCCUCCCCCUCCCCCGCCACCCCCUCCCCCACCUCCCCCAUCGAGGUGCAACCCUCUCAGCUCCCUCAUCGCCAUCAUGAGGAAAUCCUCCAAAGGCUCUAAAGCCUCUGUGAAGGUGGAGCAGCCUCCCGCUACUGAGGGUGUCGACGAUGUGAAGGUGAAGGCGGUGAACGAGAUGAUGGAGAGGAUCAAGCACGGCGUCGUGCUUCGGCCCGUCAAGAGUCAGGAGAGCAAGAGAACAGCAGUAAAACAGCCUCCAGCAUCAGAGGAGAAACCACAGGAGAGCGCGAUGGAGGAGCUGAAAGGCAUCCUGACGGUGAAGAGGAGCCCCAGCCGAGGCUCGCAGGAGUCCGGACCCUCACCUCCAGGGAAGAAGGACAGCGAGCUGGAGGUGAUCCUGAGGCGCCGGCGCAACAAGGCCGGAGAAGCUGGAUCUGGAGAUGAGAAGGAGGGUCAGAUGAGCCACGUCUCCUCCUCCGACAGCCUCAACGCCAAGCGCUGCAGCAAAGACAGUGACUCAGGGAGGGAUGCGGAGGCGGCCGGAACCAGGCCCGGCCCAGAGAGGCGCGGGUCGGGCCCGGGCCCCGUCGUGGCCAGAAGGAGGAGCUCUGACACGGGCGGCUCCUGGCGGGAGCGGCGCUCCUGCAGCUCCCUGUGUGAGGAGGCGGCGCCAGCGUCUGCGCUCAGCAACGGCUGCGUCCACAGUGCGGAGGACGACGAGGAGCCGGCGGAGACCAACGGCGUGGAGCGCGCUGGCGCCGCCGAGGAGCCGCCGGCCCACGUGUGCGCCGGCGCCGAGUGCUAGGACGCGUCCGAGGAGCCCGGCCUGUGUGUCGUCAUCAGACCUGAGGUUUAAUGAAGUGAGAACAACGCAGGCGGUACUCAGAGCAGCAGGUGCAUCACUGGGUCGGAGCUCAGCCUGUUAAUAUUAUUGUCCCCAUGUGCAGAGAUGAGUUCAGAGAAACCGAUGCCUUGUGUGAAUGCACCUAAACACUUUCAGCCAUUGUAGAAGCCCCACUGUCAGUAACCAACACACAGCCAAUAACUAGUUCCCUCUUCUGUGUUAACACUAAAACCCUAGUUGUGGCUUCUACAGUGGCUCCACGGUUCAUCAGCGUUGGGUCCUCGGCAGCCGAGCGACUGGACUGAAGGAAGCUGCACUGUUUUGCACAGAUCCUCGGUUUACUUCGAACACUGACUUGUAAAAUGACUUUAUGUUGUUGUUUUUUACUUAGAUGCACAAAGGAUCCGUUUGGCUUCUUUUGUGUCAUCACAAGGAAUGCACUGCGCUGUAAAACCCGUCUCCCGCGUCGCUGUCUUUUCCUGGCGCUGCUGUGAGCGAGCGCUGCACAGACGCGGGGUGGUUUCAUGGAGCGCUCUGUCGGUGACGUGUCGUGAGGCUCUGAAGUGAUGAUAGGAGGUGAGUUUGAGGCGUCCAAACGUCCAGCGUGUGCCGCUCUAAGUGAAGGAUCCAGGAAGUUCAAGCCGUCACACGUGGGCUCCGUUCGCCUCGGUCAUCGGCUCUGAGCGGCAGCGCGCGACGCGGAGCAGACGUGUGACGGAUGCAGCUGAGCCACAGCUUUCAGGGACACUCAGGGUUCAUGA